UCAAAAUCAAUUUACUUAACAAACUUCUUGCUAAUUGUCACAUCAUCUUCAUGUUAAGUUUCAUGUCUCCGCUAAAAUUCACCAUGACAAACAUUGUCCUUUGUUUACUUUUGUUUUGUGUUCAUGUGAUAUUAAUUUUUGCUGCAAGCUCUGAAUCAGAUUGGAUAAACCAUGGUGGAGAUUUGUUCAAUAGAAGGUAUGCAUACAAGGAACAAAAGAUAAAUAUAGAAACGGUACCUAAACUAAGUUUGAAGUGGAAAUUCUAUGCAAACAAAGAUAUUACAGCAACACCAACAAUAUACAAUGGUACAAUUUAUUUUCCAAGCUGGAAUGGUAACAUAUAUGCAAUUAAACAAGUUGAUGGAUCACUUGUUUGGAAGCAAAACUUGGAGAAAUUGACAGGUUUAAAUACAACUGGAUUUAUAAUUAAUGCAAAUUGGACAUUGGCUAGAGCAACUCCAACUGUGGCUGAAGAUUUGUUGAUUGUUGGAAUUUAUGGACCUGCUGUUGUUAUUGGUCUUGAAAGGAGAACUGGUGAGCUUGUUUGGUUGACUCAUUUGGAUAAUCACCCUGCAGGAGUUGUUACCAUGUCUGGAACUUAUUACAAUGGGAGUUACUAUGUUGGAACAUCUUCACUAGAAGAAGGUGCAACCAUUAAAGAUUGUUGCAUAUUUCGUGGAAGUCUUGUAAAACUUGAUGCUCAAACCGGCGACAUCUUAUGGAAAACCUAUAUGUUACCGGAUAACAACGGAAAGAUAGGAGCAUAUGCUGGAGCUGCCAUUUGGGGAAGUAGUCCUUCCAUUGAUGUUUAUCGAAAACAUGUCUAUAUUGCCACCGGAAAUCUCUACUCUGCCCCAAAAAACGUACUUGAAUGUCAAGAAAGACAAAAUAAUCAAACUACUCCUAUUGAACAAGACAAGUGUGUUGAACCAGAAAAUCACUCAAAUUCAAUCUUGGCCCUUGAUUUGGACAGUGGUAAUAUCAAAUGGUACAAACAAUUAGGAGGAUAUGAUGUAUGGUUUGUUUCAUGUAACAAUGCUUCAAUUUCUAAUUGUCCACCUCAAGGUUCUAUACCAGAUGCAGAUUUUGGAGAGGCACCAAUGAUGUUAACUACACAUGUAAAUGGAACAAAGAAAGAUAUUGUUGUUGCUGUUCAGAAAAGUGGAUUUGCUUGGGCAUUGGAUCGCGACAAUGGAACCCUUCUAUGGUUUACGGAAGCAGGGCCUGGUGGACUAGCCGGAGGUGGAACAUUUGGUGCAGCAACUGAUGAAAAACGAAUAUAUACCAAUAUUGCAAAUUCAGAUGCCAAAAUUUUCAAACUUUUACCAUCAAAUAUGAAUACAACAUCAGGAGGAUGGGUGGCAAUGGAUGCUAGCAAUGGAACAAUUCUAUGGUCUACAGCUAACCCUAGCAUUAAUAGUACUGCUAGUGGCCCUGUUAGUGUGGCAAAUGAAGUUGUUUUUGUUGGAUCUACAGAUAGAUUGGGACACAUUUAUGCAAUUAAUGGAAGAAAUGGACAUAUAUUAUGGUUCUAUGAAACUGGAGCUAGUGUUUAUGGGGGUAUGUCAAUUAGUAAUGGAUGUGUUUAUGUAGGUCAUGGAUAUAAUGUCUCUUUAGGAUUCUAUUCUAACUAUACUGGUGGAACCUCACUCUUUGCCUUUUGUGUCUAAAGAUUUUAUGAGGUGACUAUAUGAAUGUAUAUAAAUAAAAUUGAUGUGAGUGGGGUUUGGUCUAGAUGUAAAAGAUGUAUGGCAAUGAUUUUAUUUGAGGUGUGUAAUAGUUAUAUUUUCUCUCCUUUUCUACAUUUAUGAUAUAGACAUCUUCUCUCCUUUUCUAUCUGUAA